UGCCCCACCCUCCCCGCUAGGGUUUUGCCAGCAUGGCCGCCGCCGCCGCCCGGAGGCUCCUCUCCCGCCGCGCCUCCUCGUCCUCCCUCUCCGCGCUCCUCCGUCGCGGCGCUGUCCCGGAGCAGUCGCUGGUGUUGCGCCCGGCUGUUGUCGCGGCGGCCUCCCGCCUCGGCUUCCAGCGCGGGAUGGCGCGGCGGCCUGGCGGGGACGGCUACGUCUCGACGCGGUCUGGCGCGGGCGGGGACCGCGCGCCCAUGGCCACGGAGAUGGCGCCGCUGUUCCCCGGGUGCGACUACGAGCAUUGGCUCAUCGUGAUGGACAAGCCCGGCGGGGAGGGCGCCAGCAAGCAGCAGAUGAUUGACUGCUACAUCCAGACCCUCGCCAAGGUCCUUGGAAGCGAGGAGGAGGCGAAGAAGAAGAUCUACAACGUCUCGUGCGAGCGCUACUUCGGGUUUGGGUGCGAGAUCGAUGAGGAGACAUCUAACAAGCUCGAGGGGCUCCCUGGUGUUCUCUUUGUGCUCCCGGAUUCGUAUGUUGAUGCUGAAUACAAGGACUACGGAGCUGAACUCUUCGUCAACGGUGAGAUUGUUCAGAGGACUCCCGAGAGGCAGAGGAGGGUGGAGCCCGUGCCGCAGAGGGCAGCAGACAGGCCGAGGUACAAUGACAGAACCCGCUACGCACGCAGGAGGGAGAACCAGCGAUGAACUGUGCGAUAAAAUCAUAAAAAAGACCACAGCAACAAGUCCCAGGUGGUUUCAGCUCUGGAAUUCAAGGAUCACCUAGUAUCACCUGUAUUAAAUUGGCAAUCUCACUUUACCUGCAGUCUAGAGUAUCGUUUCUAUGUGCUCAGCUUGGACGUAUUGUAUUCUGUAAUUACAGCUACUUGGAGAUUUGGAAGGACCUGGCUUGCAACGUAGUAUAAUCUCUAGUCUUUUUUCUUUGUGGCAAUAUAUAAUUGCUAUGAAUACCAGAUUGAGAUGGUUGCAU